AAUGAAGUAAAAACAACCAGAGGACGCCUGGAGAUAUCUGAGACAGAGAAAAAGCAAACCAGGAUGACUAAGGAGGAGAAGAAUGAGAAGGAGGCCCUCAUUGAGUUCUUUUCCUCAUACCGGGAACUGUUUGAGUUCUUCUGCAGCAAUACCACCAUCCAUGGGGCAAUACGGUUGGUCUGUUCCAGGAGGAACCGCAUGAAAACGGCCUUCUGGCUUGUGCUCUUCUUGGUUACGUUUGGCCUAAUGUACUGGCAGUUUGGCCUCCUCUUUGGUCAGUACUUCAGUUACCCAGUCAGCAUCAACCUCAACGUCAACUCAGAUAAACUUCCUUUCCCGGCUGUGACCGUAUGCACCUUAAACCCAUACAGGUACAAAGCGAUUCAGAAUGAUCUGCAGGAACUGGACAAGGAGACCCAAAGGACCUUGUAUGAGCUCUAUAAAUACAAUUCAACUGGGGUGCAAGGAUGGAUUCCUAAUAACCAGAGAGUUAAGAGGGAUAGAGCAGGACUCCCGUACCUACUUGAGUUGGUGCCUCCAGGAUCUGAGACCCACAGAGUGUCCCGGAGUGUGAUAGAAGAAGAAUUACAAGUCAAACGCAGGGAGUGGAAUAUUGGCUUUAAGCUGUGCAACGAGACGGGGGGCGACUGUUUUUACCAAACCUACACUUCAGGUGUGGACGCCAUACGUGAAUGGUAUCGCUUUCAUUAUAUCAAUAUCCUCGCUCGUGUACCCCAAGAAGCAGCGAUUGAUGGGGAACAACUGGAGAACUUCAUCUUUGCUUGCAGAUUUAAUGAGGAAUCCUGUACCAAAGCGAAUUACUCAAGUUUUCACCAUGCGAUAUAUGGGAAUUGCUACACCUUUAACCAAAACCAAAGUGACCAAUCGAACCUGUGGAGUUCUUCCAUGCCCGGAAUCAAAAAUGGUCUAACCCUUGUCCUUCGGACUGAGCAGCAUGAUUACAUUCCUUUACUUUCCUCGGUGGCUGGAGCAAGAGUUCUUGUCCAUGGACACAAGGAACCAGCCUUCAUGGAUGACAAUGGUUUUAAUAUUCCUCCGGGGAUGGAGACCUCCAUUGGAAUGAAAAAGGAAACAAUCAAUCGCUUGGGUGGGAAAUACAGCGACUGCUCUGAAGAUGGAAGUGAUGUUGAUGUGAAGAAUUUGUUCCAAAGCGAGUACACGGAGCAGGUCUGUGUCCGUUCUUGUUUCCAGGCUGCUAUGGUUGCCCGUUGUGGCUGCGGCUAUGCUUUCUAUCCACUUUCCCCUGGAGACCAAUAUUGUGAUUACAAUAAGCACAAAAGCUGGGGCCACUGCUACUAUAAGCUUAUUACUGAAUUCACUUCAAACAAACUGGGCUGUUUUACCAAAUGCCGCAAACCGUGUCUGGUGUCAGAGUAUCAGCUGACUGCAGGUUAUUCCAAAUGGCCGAACAGAGUGAGCCAGGAUUGGGUGCUUCACACACUGUCCCGACAAUACAACCUGACGGACAGAAAUGGAAUCGCUAAACUGAACAUUUACUUUGAGGAACUGAAUUAUAAAACCAUUCUGGAGUCCCCAACAAUAAAUAUGGCGAUGCUUCUCUCCUUGCUGGGCAGCCAGUGGAGUCUCUGGUUUGGCUCCUCCGUUCUUUCCGUGGUGGAGAUGCUAGAGCUGGUCAUUGAUUUUGUCAUCAUUGGGGUAAUGAUUCUGCUACAUCGUUAUUACUACAAACAGGCCAAUGAAGGUGAAGAAACUACAGUGGUUCCAACCCCGGCACCAGCCUUUGCUGAUCUAGAACAGCAAGUUCCUCACAUUCCUCGUGGUGAUCUCUCCCAGCGCCAGAUAAGUGUGGUUGCAGAUAUCACUCCUCCACCAGCGUAUGAAAGCCUGGACCUGAGGUCUGUAGGGACAUUAUCCUCUCGCUCAUCCAGCAUGCGCAGCAACAGGUCCUACUACGAGGAGAAUGGAGGUAGAAGGAACUGAGAGAGGUUGGGGGAAAAGAAAAGAGAUCUAGAGCAUGAAAUGUGUUGGAAAUGGGGAGAAAUUCUGAGUACUUUGCCACCUGGAGCUGUUAAUUGUUAGGAUUGCAGAUUGCCUAGAAUCACUUUGUUUGUCAAUGCCCUUAAAGCAGAACUAAACCCUAAAAAUUAAUAUGGCUAAAAAUGGCAAAUUUUAUAUAGUGAACUUAUUGCACGGGGCUAAAGUUUGAGCUUGUCAAUAGCAGCAAUGAUCCAGGACUUCAAACUUGUCACAGGGGGUCACCAUCUUGGAAAGUGUCUGUGACACUCACAUGCUCAGUGGGCUCUGAUUGGCUGUUGAGAAGCUAAGCUUAGGGCUCGUCACUAAUUAUCCAGCAGAAAAUGAGCUUCCCUGGCUGUAAUAUAAGCUGAUGCUACAGGUUUGCUGAUUAUUCAAUUCUGAUGUUAAUUGCACUGGUUUCUGUGCUGCCAUGUAGUAAUUAUCUGUAUUAAUUACUAAUCAGCCUUAUAUUGUGACAUUUCUAUUCUAUGUGUACUGUAUAUUGUGAGUGGCUCCCUAAGCUCAGUAAGUGACAGCAGCACGGAGCAUGUGCAGUGAAUCAGCAGAAAAGAAGAUGGGGAGCUACUGGGGCAUCUUUGGAGACACAGAUCUUUACUGCUAAAGGGCUGUGGUUGCCUUGGGCUGGUACAGAAGCACAAAACAUCAUGUACAACAUUUCUAGCUACUUAUUUAGUUAGGCUUUAGUUCUCCUUUAAAUGGGAAUAAUCACCUUACUAUAUUGUAUAUCAGAAAUAAACUUGCAUUGCUUCUGUAGACA